AUGAGCUUCUUCCGUUCGAAUCAGCCUCCGGCUGCCCCUCCGCCCCAGCAGUACUCUCGCGUCCCUGGUGGUAGCGACCCUAUGCGUGGAGGGCCUCAACGCGUCCCGGCACCGCGCUACGAUGACCAGUCUGGAUACGAGAAGCGUGGACAGGAUAGAAAGGCCCCGCCUCGGGGAGGAGGAGUAUUCUCCGUGCAGCCAUCCCCGAGCGAGCCCCUGGCAUACAGCAACUGCUUGAUCGUGAACGCCUCUGACUUCCCGCAGGGCCAGCAUGUUGUGGUCAAGCAAGCCUACCCGCUCACGACCAGACAUGAUAACACGGGGAAGAUCCCCCCAGGUACCAUUGGUGCCUCUGCGGCGCAACGGCAAUGGAUCGGACUCUCUCUUGCGGGGGAUACUGUCACGGUCGAGCCCAUGCCCUCCCCGCCUCCUUACCUCGAAUCCGUUGAUCUCGAGGUCGGUUUCGCCAAGCGCGGGCACGAAAUCGCGGAAGCCUUCUCUGCGGACGACAUGGCCAAGAAUUUCCUCCGCGCGUACAACGGAAUCGUGUUCGCUACUGGCGAGGUGCUCUCGUUUGAGUUCCACGGCCAAAUCCUCCGGGUCGCCGUGAAGGGCGUGCAGAUCGUCGACCUCCCGGGCAGACAGUCGGAGGCGACGCACUACGGCGUCGUUAUGGAGAAGACCGACAUCACGUUCAUGAAGUCCCCAGACAGCGCCAUCAAGCUGAAGUCGAGCGCAAAGAAGGCCCCGCCAAAUGCCAUUCUUGCACCGAACUUCAAGUUCGAGGACAUGGGUAUCGGUGGUCUGGACCAAGAGUUCAGCUCCAUCUUCCGACGUGCUUUCGCCUCGCGCGUCUUCCCGCCUGCACUCGUCGAGAAGCUCGGUAUUCAGCACGUCAAGGGUAUUUUGCUGUACGGCCCCCCAGGAACAGGAAAGACGCUCCUGGCACGGCAGAUCGGAAAGAUGCUGAACGCGCGCGAGCCCAAGAUCGUCAACGGUCCAGAAAUUCUAAACAAGUACGUCGGUGCUUCAGAAGAAAACAUCCGUAAGCUGUUUGCGGAUGCGGAGAAGGAGUACAAGGAGAAGCAAGACGAGAGUGGCUUGCACAUUAUCAUCUUCGACGAACUGGACGCUAUUUGCAAACAACGUGGCUCCACGGGAGGAGGUACAGGUGUAGGCGACAGCGUCGUGAACCAGCUUCUCUCCAAGAUGGACGGUGUCGACCAACUGAACAACAUCCUCAUCAUCGGCAUGACCAACCGACUCGACAUGAUCGACGAGGCGCUCCUGCGCCCCGGCCGUCUCGAGGUGCACAUGGAGAUCUCGCUCCCGGACGAGAAGGGGCGCGUGCAGAUCCUGAACAUCCACACGUCCAAGAUGCGCCAGAACGGCGUGAUGGACCGCGACGUGGACCUCAUCGAGCUCGCCGCGCUCACGAAGAACUUCUCGGGCGCGGAGAUCAGCGGGCUCGUCAAGAGCGCGACCUCGUUCGCGUUCUCGCGCCACGUCAAGGUCGGCACGCUCGCGGGCAUCUCGGACGACGUCGAGAACCUGCGCGUGAAGCGCGAGGACUUCAUGAACGCGCUCGACGAGGUCCAGCCCGCGUUCGGUGUCGCGAAGGAGGAGCUCGAGGGCGUCGUCCAGAACGGGAUCAUCCAUUUCAGCUCUGUCGUGGAGGAGAUCCUGCGUUCCGGAGAGCUAUUUGUGGACCAAGUCCGCUCGUCGACACGCACGCCGCUCGUAAGCGUGCUGCUACACGGUCCCCCGGGCACCGGCAAGACCGCGCUCGCAGCGACCGUCGCGCAGGCCUCGCAGUACCCCUUCAUGAAGCUCAUCACGCCCGACAGCAUGGUCGGCUUCUCCGAGGCGCAGAAGGUCGCCGCGAUCGCCAAGGUCUUCCAGGACAGCUACAAGAGCCCGCUGAGCGUCAUCGUCGUCGACAACCUCGAGCGGCUCCUCGACUUCACGCCCAUCGGCCCGCGCUUCUCCAACUCCGUGCUGCAGACGCUGCUCGUGCUCCUCGCGCGGCGCCCGCCCAAGGGCCGCCGGCUGCUCAUCAUCGCGACGACCGCGCAGCGGCCCGUGCUCACCGACCUCGGGCUCUCGGAGGUGUUCGACUCGGAGCUGCGCGUCCCCCCAAUCGCGACGCUCCGCGCGCUCGACACCGUGCUGCGCGAGGUCGAGCUGUUCCGCAGCGACGACGAGCGCCGCCGCGCGGUCGGCAUGCUCGCGCAGGCGGGCUUCACGGACGGGGACGACGAGGGCGAUGCGCGCCUCACGGUGGGCGUGAAGAAGCUGCUGAGCAUGGUCGAGAUGGCGCGCCAGGAGCCGGAGAACGCGGCGGAGCGGCUGACGAGCGCGCUCAUGGGCCUCGGGAUGUAA